CCAGCACUCACUUACUCGCUACAGUUUUCAUUUCCUGCUGUGCGAGUGGCUACCAUCGAGUAAUUUUAGGAUUAAAAACUUCUCAAGCGAUGGGAAAUUUUGGAGGAAAGGCGAAAACUGGCCUAAUUCAAGGAUGCCGGGGAUUUUUGUCCUUUUUGACCCUGCUACUACUUUUCAUUGAACUCAGUGAAGGAAGACAAGGAUGGGGAGUAUCAAAGGGAACACAAUUUGGUCGUGCCCCUCUUCUCGAAAGAUACGCAUGGAGUUCAAUUGAUUUUGCAUAUCCGCACGAGGAUAGCCGACAAUUGGCUAUCCAGAAGGGUGAUUUCGUUCCGGAAAAUUCACUUCCGGUCGGUAUAGAAAUUUGGAGGAACAAGCUUUUCGUGACGAUUCCCAGAUGGCGAAAUGGUAUACCAGCCACCUUAAAUUAUAUAUCAUUAGACACAAAUCCGAGUGGGUCGCCGAAAUUAACUCCCUAUCCAAACUGGUCCCAAAAUACGGCCGGAGCCUGCGGCAGUGGACUCACGACUGUCUAUAGAAUUCAUGCAGAUGCAUGUGACAGACUUUGGGUUUUGGAUACCGGAACUAUUGGAAUAGGAAAUACGACUGUACAGGCUUGUCCAUACACCCUCAACGUUUUCGAUUUGACAACUGAUAAACUCCUCAGGCAAUAUAAACUUCGACCAGACGAUGUCAAUCAGAAUACCUUCAUAGCAAACAUCGCAGUGGAUCUUGGAAAGAACGGAUGUGAUGAUGCCUUCGCCUAUUUGUCAGACGAACUUGGUUACGGUUUGAUAGUUUAUUCCUGGGCCCUAAAUAAGUCCUGGCGAGUGACUCACGGUUACUUCAUGCCAGACCCCUUGACUGGUGAUUAUAACAUCGGAGGACUUAAUUUCCAAUGGAGUGAGGAGGGCAUUUUCGGACUCAGCCUGUCGCCCUUGGCCGCCGAUGGCUUCAGAACUCUCUUUUUCCAUCCUCUAAGCAGCAAUCGGGAAUUCGCGGUAUCGACCAAAAUUCUCAGAGACGAACAGCUGGCCCUCGAUAGUUAUCACGACUUUCAGGUGCUUCCUGAAAGAGGUCCACUCUCACAUUCAACGGCUGAAAUUAUGGAUGAAAAUGGACUUCAGUUCUUUAAUUUAAUCGAUAAAAACGCCGUUGGAUGUUGGAACUCAAUUUUGCCCUACAGUCCAGCCAAUCAAGCAAUCGUUGCGAGGCAUGACGAGGCUAUGAUAUUUCCUGCUGACGUCAAGAUUGACCGUCGAGGUACGCUUUGGAUAAUUUCCGACAGAAUGCCGAUUUUUUUGAUGUCAACCCUAAAUUACACUGACAUCAACUUCAGAAUAUUGACCGUUCCAGUUCAAGACGCAAUUGCCGGCACAGUAUGCGACUCAUCGCCAUACAGAUAUGUCAAUAACCACAUCUGGUGGAAUCGAUGAAGGAAAUCUCUUCCCAACUUGAAAGGUUUUCUAAAAAUUAAACCCAACUCGUUAUAGUGAUAAGAAAUCUUAAAAAUAUGUUAAUUUUUUCAGUAUUUAUUUAUUUAAAAUUAGUGCUUUUAGUUUCACGCCAGACUCAUUUUAUAAUUUGCGGCGAUUAUUUUAUUGACAUUAAAUUAUUUCAUAGUUGAAAUUAAAAAUUUGGAUAUGAAAUUAUGGUACAA